GUCUUGUAGUCCAGGCCAUGUGAGGCUCUGCUGCGCCUGUCCAAGGUGAUCACCAGCAGCAGUAGCAGCCCUAGUACUAGUACUUCCUGCUCCUCCUCCCCCUGCUGCCUGCACUCUGCUGCUGCCGCCCUGCCCCUGACUCACCACCAAACUGAAAACAAAACUUUUCUUUCCCUUCUAUCUCCGGAACGCUCUCAUUUCUCCCGCAGCCGCCGCCGGGCCGCGCCUGCUGUGUGUGCCCCGCUGCUGGCGCAUGGAUCCCUGGGCAGCCCACCAGAGCGCCUAGUCAUGCACCUGGGCUCCUGGCUGGCCGUGGCACAGUAGCAGGGGACCCUGUCGCAUCCCGCUGGCACUGCACGUGGAGACCCGUGCAUGCCACCCUGUGCCCCUCUCAUGCACCCCACAGACAGGAUCCAUGCUACUCGGCCCUUCUCCUCCCCUCGCCCGGCUGUCCUCCUGCCAUGUGGGCUAGAUAAGGAGCGGCAGCAGCUAGCGUGCCUGUGUAUUGGGAUCGGCGUUUGUGUGGUGGAAGGUGGGCAGCAACAAUGGAGGUGCCCAGACAGAAAGACACAGCCCAUAGUAAUGCCAGCAGCAGCAGGAAGAAGGAGACCGCAAUGGACACCUAUCUGAGGUCCAAUGGGCUGUACAGAAAGAAGGUGACCAAGGAUGGCUCCUGCCUGUUUAGGGCAGUGGCUGAGCAGGUUUUGCACUCUCAGGCACAGCAUUUGGAAAUUAGGAAAUCCUGUAUAGACUAUCUGCGGGAGAACCGGGCCCACUUUGAAGCAUUUAUUGAGGGCUCUUUUGAAGAGUAUCUGAAACGUCUGGAAAAUCCACAGGAAUGGGUUGGUCAAGUGGAAAUAAGUGCACUUUCGUUGAUGUUCAAGAAAGAUUUUAUAAUUUAUCAAGAACCUUCUGUUUCUCCUGCUCAUGUCACUGAUAAUGGCUUUGCAGAUAAGAUAAUGCUAUGUUUUUCUAAUGGAAAUCAUUAUGACAUCAUAUACUCUGCUGACUUUGUUGAGAAUGCCGCUGUGUGCCAAUCUAUAAUUUAUGAAUUACUCUAUGAAAAGGUAUUUAAAGUUGAUGUUGAAAAAUAUGUGUCAAAAGCGGGGAAUUUUGACACCCAAGCUGAAGAAGAGGUCUUUGAGAGUGGUGCUUCUGGAUCUGAUGGGGAAAGUGAAGAUGCUGGGAAUAACGAACUUAAUUUUGCGGAUAUGAAUGGGUUUAAGACUCAUAAGGAUGGAAAGCUUGCACAAAGAAAGGAUGUGCUUCCCAGUGUCCCUUCAUCUGUUAUUCGUUCACUUCACUCGGGAGUUUACAGAAAUGUGGAAUAUGAGAUAUGGAUGAAAUUACAGAGAGAUCAGGAAAAGCUGGACUUCUCCAUUGCUUCCGGAAUGCAGUAUUCUGUUGGAGACAAAUGCCAGGUCUGCUUAGAGCCGGGAGGAGUGUUUUAUGAUGCGCACAUCCAGGAAGUUGGUGUGGAAAACGGACCAGCUGUUGUGUUUGUGGAGGAGCUGGGACAGAAAUAUGAUGUUCAGCUAAAAAACCUUAAACCAGCCCCCUUGGCAAUGAGCCGUGUCGAUGGCUGGAACACGGUUGCUGGGAAAAAGAUAAAGAAGUCGUCUGCAAGCGGCCCUGCUGUACAGUUCGAGAAGGACUACAGGGGACAAAAGAGCUAUGGGAAACCAGUAAAGUCUCAGCCGGCCUCAUCUCCUCGUCUACAGCAAGUCUCUGUGGCCAAGCAACACGGGCUGUCUUCAGAUCAAGCCACUCUAAGCGAGAACAAGGGACGGAGUAGGACUCCUCCAAAAGUGCCUGGAAAGAAGCUUGAGCGGGAGCGUAGUGAGGAAUCAAACUACUUUAAAAGAGAGACUCUUCACUUUGGACUGACUCCAGAGGAACGUAGGGAGAAGCAAGUCAUUGAGGAGUCCAAAUCCUUGUAUGAGAUGCAACACAGGGACACAGAUGCAUUUCCAGCCUUGUCUGCUACAGUGGUUGAUGCUUCUGUACAGAGUUCUGAUGGUUUACCUGUGAAAAAGUGUCCCACCAUAAACAGCGAGAAGAGUACCAGGAGGAAAUCUGAAGUAGAAGACCUGAAAAGUUCCCAAUUAACUCAGCCAGCGAGUGUGAGUGACCAGAAAUUAAGUGAGGAAAUAACAAAGCCGCAUGCUACCUCUGAAGCUGUCUUACUACAUGAUGUCACUGUUCUUCCAUCCCCUGCUGAGCUGCAGACACCCACCACAGUGCCUUCUGUACCCCCAAUGGUAACACCCUGGUCAGGUAUUCCAGAUGAAAUGCCUGUAACUCCUGGGACUGGAUCUGACUCGGCUAUGUUACAACCUCAGGUGACCUCCUCCCCUUACUCACCACUUACAGUUUCGAUGCCAGCAGUUAACCAGCCCUUACUGCCUCUGCCUCAGACUCUGAGUGCUUACCAGGAUCCGCUCUAUCCUGGAUUUCCUGUGAAUGAAAAGGGGGAGAGAGCCACGGCACCUCCUCCCUACUCCCUUUAUAAGAAUGGAGAUGACCUACCUAGUGAUAAAAGCAUCCUUCAUUUCUUCUACAACCUUGGCAUAAAGGCUUUUACGUGUCCAAUGUGGCCCCCACACUUCUACUUGCACCCUCUUCAUCAAGCAUACUUAAAUAUGUGCAGGAUGUACCCAAAUGUUCAUGUUUACCCACAAAACCAUUGGGUGCAGGAAACCACUGUUGACCAAAGUGAUGUAGACCCUUCAGUCUUUGCUCAUCAGAGUGAUGUGAGGAAUGAAAACCAUUCUGCAACUUUAUGCCCCCCAGGAGUGCUAACUUCAUCUGUCCAAAUGCCUGCAUUUGCUGGAUCAAUUCCUCCCCAGCCUAACCAAUCAGAGGAAAAGCAUCCGUUCCAGACACAGGGUAGUGACUUUGAAGACUCAAUCACAAGCAAGACCAUGUACUCACACCCUCCUUUUGGACAGGGAUCCUACAUGGGACCUGUUCCAAUAGCAUCACCAUUUUUCCCACCCGUUUGGUAUGGCUAUCCAUAUCAAGGUUACAUUGAAAAUGCAGUUGUACGACAGAAUGUUUUUGUUACCCCUAUGGAUAGAGAUUUGCCUGGAACCCUUACACCAGGGGAUGUCAUGGAAAAUAUUUCAGUUCAAGAAGCAAUAAAACAGCCCCAGGAGUUAAUGAAUGAAUGCAAGCCAGAUUUGCCCGUAUUCUCUGCUAGUGCUACUGCCAGCGAGCCUGGGUCUCAAACCGCGUUGGUGAAAGCAGAACAAGUGAUAACUCCAGAUACAACACAGAUAUUGGAGCAGCAGAGUCUUCCAACAAAACUGACUGAUAUCCAGUUUGCUCCGCCUGUUUUACCCGAAACGCCAGAAGACAGGGAAUCUGCUGAGAAAGAAAUGGAUCCAGUAGCCAUAGCAUCAGCACAGAUCAAUCCUCCUGAUGAAAGGCCACCCAGAGCAAGGGAAGAGAGCUCAGAGGACGAGAGGGAGGUAUCUAACCUACUGAGUCGAGGCAGGUCGAAGAACUUUUACAAUCAGUCCUAUGGUACCAGGAGGCCUCGGAAUGAGAGGUUAUAUCAGCCCAACAGAGGAGGCUACCAGUAUUUUAGAAAUGAUGAGGGCUGGAAGGUGCAGAGAAACAGGGAAGAUGGCUAUCAGCAUCACCGAUAUGUCAGGGGCAGGCCUAGUCGGAGACGGCCAAUGGGGGACAGACCACAACAUGAAUAAAAAUUCAUAGUUUAUGUCGCUGUAAAAAAGAAAGUUAUUUUCUUUUCACUUUUAUUUAUUUGAAUAGUAUAUUCAAGAUAAUAAAAUGAAAUCCUAUAUUGUAUAAUGUUCAGAUAAAGGGUUAUUAUGGGGAAAAUUGUAUCUCCUGGCUAAAGUUUAACCAUUUUGUGUUUCAUAAUAUUGUGGUUAGUGCAAAAUAGACUGAUAAGUGGGGAUUGUGUCAUGACCAUGCGGUCAUGAUUUAUUUAAAUAGAAGCUUAAUAUCGGAAACCUUCAGUGUUCUAUGAGGGGUAGAAAUUGUACUGUCUGAUUUCCCCCCCACCUCGGCACUGGGUUAAUGUUAAUGCAGUGAAAAAGUUGGAUUCUCACACCAAAUACAGGUGUCACUUUUUGAUAGUUUUAAAUGCCUUAGAGUUCUGAUAACUGUGUUGCUUCUGGAUGUGCUUCCAUUCCAAAGGCCUUUCAUUUUGGGAUUUCCCAAACCUUGUCAAUAAUCAAGAGGGAGAAACUUGAAUGUAGCUUAUGGUGACUUGUAAAUAAAAUUGUUUAACCACUUCAGUGCUAGGGACGGUGUUGCAUUGUCUACUUGGCAUUGAAUAAACUAAUCAGUAUUUCUUUUUUUUUUUUAAUGUAACUCCCAAGUCAUCAUGGGAAUAAUGUUGGGUGUGUUGCCCUAUUCUGUAAUAAAGUUAGAGGUUAUUAAAAUAGGGGUUAUUGCAAUGGAAGCUAACAUUUAGCAUUUGCUUUGUGUAAAGCUCUGCUUGGUGGUAGAAACUUAUCAGCCACUUAUGGGUUAGGGACAUUUAUGUAUCCGGGGUGGUAGCGUACACAUUGGGCAAUGGUCGAUAGCUGCUAGCAAUAAAUGAAAGCUGCAGAGUGAAUGAUUGACAGCCUGUGUUCCAGCACAGAACUUUUUAAAGCAACCACGGAUGCUACACUUUGCACUGACAUAUCAUAAAGACGUGUAAGCAUAUCAAUUAUUUUAUAUUUUAAUUCUGAUGAACUUACACUACUCUGUUCCUUGCGCCUCAAUGUAAUUUUUUUAAGAAGCAUAGAGUUUAACGUAACAUUAUUUUUGUUAUGCUGAUGUAUAUAAAUCCACCCCUUUCACUUUUACCCUUCUUACAUUUGUUUUUGUUGCUUUUGGUGGACUCUUGAAUGUGUUCUUUGCAGAUUUACAAUGUACUUGAUGCUUAUUGUUUGCAGAAAAGUUUCUGGGAAGCAUACUGUAUAUUUUUGUACUUUAUCUCCUGAGUGCAGUGUGUUUUGGAAGCCCCUUUUGCUGUCAUCAUGUUUACAUGUUAUGUAUGUUGGUUUUUAUUUCCUCCCUACAUCCAGAUUAAAGGACUAAUUUAGCGCCAUUGACUGAUAAGCAUGGUUAACUUUGGUUUCUCAAUGUAUUCAUGUUAACAAAACAUCAGUUAUGUGUUUGUCUUGUUUAACGUUAAAAAAUUAUUGACAAAUAAAGAAGAAAAACUUGCUUAUUUAAAAUGAA